CCUCCUGCCCGCCCGCCCGCCCGCUGUAUGCCCCGGGGGCGCGGCCAUGGAGGUGGUGGGCGACUUCGAGUACAGCAAGAGGGACCUCGUGGGACACGGGGCCUUCGCCGUGGUCUUCCGGGGGCGGCACCGCCAGAAAACUGAUUGGGAGGUAGCUAUUAAAAGUAUUAAUAAAAAGAACUUGUCAAAAUCACAAAUACUGCUUGGGAAGGAAAUUAAGAUCUUAAAGGAACUUCAGCAUGAAAAUAUUGUAGCACUCUAUGAUGUUCAGGAAUUACCCAACUCUGUCUUUCUGGUGAUGGAGUACUGCAAUGGUGGAGACCUGGCAGAUUAUUUGCAAGCUAAAGGAACUCUCAGUGAAGAUACUAUUAGGGUGUUUCUGCAUCAGAUCGCAGCUGCCAUGCGGAUUCUGCACAGCAAAGGAAUAAUCCACAGGGAUCUCAAACCCCAGAACAUCUUGCUGUCAUAUGCGAAUCGCAGAAAAUCCACCGUCAGUAGUAUUCGCAUCAAAAUAGCGGAUUUUGGGUUUGCCCGUUACCUGCAGAGUAACAUGAUGGCUGCAACACUGUGUGGGUCCCCAAUGUACAUGGCUCCUGAAGUUAUUAUGUCUCAACAUUAUGAUGCUAAGGCAGACCUGUGGAGCAUAGGAACGGUGAUAUAUCAAUGCCUAGUUGGAAAACCACCUUUUCAGGCCAAUAGUCCUCAAGACCUCAGGAUGUUUUAUGAAAAAAACAGGAGCUUAAUGCCUAGUAUUCCCAGAGAAACAUCACCUUACUCGGUUAAUCUCCUCUUGGGUUUGCUUCAGAGAAACCAGAAAGAUAGAAUGGACUUUGGUAACAUUUUUUUUAGCCAUCCUUUUCUUGAACAAGUUCAGUGAAAAAAUGUGACCUGCCCAGUUCCAGUGCCCGUGUAUGCUGGCUCCGUCUCUGGGAGCUCCUGUGGCAGCUCUCCAUCCUGUCGCUUUGCCUCUCCACCAUCCCUUCCAGAUAUGCAGCAUAUUCAGGAAGAAAACUUAUCCUCCCCACCAUUGGGUCCUCCCAACUAUCUACAAGUGUCCAAAGAUUCUGCCAGUACUAGUAGCAAGAACUCUUCUUGUGACACGGAUGACUUUGUUUUGGUUCCACACAACAUCUCGUCAGACCACUCAUUAUCACCAAGGUGUCAAAUGAAAGAGAAACAGUCUCACUUGGAUUUCUUUCCUUUUUCAAUCCAUGAUCAUUGCAGUCAGUGUCAGCCCACUGUGUCGCCUCACAGUGAGACAGCACCAAUUCCAGUUCCUACUCAGAUAAGGAAUUAUCAGCGCAUAGAGCAGAAUCUUACAUCUCCUGCCAGCUCUGGCACAAAUAUACAUGGUUCUCCAAGAUCUGCAGUGGUACGAAGGUCCAACACCAGCCCACUGGGCUUCCUCCGGCUGGGAUCCUGCUCCCCGGCGCCCGCAGACACAGUGCAGACAGUCGGACGAAGACUCUCCACUGGGUCUUCCAGGCCUUACUCACCUUCCCCUUUGGUUGGGACCAUUCCGGAGCAGCUGAGUCAGUGCUGCUGUGGGCAUCCUCAGGGUCACGAAUCCAGGAGUAGAAACUCAUCAGGUUCCCCAGUGCCACCGGCUCCGUCACCACAGUCUCUCCUGUCGGGUGCUAGGCUGCAGAGUGCCCCGACCCUCACCGACAUCUACCAGAACAAGCAGAAACUCAGAAAGCAGCACUCGGACCCCGUGUGCCCGUCCCACGCCGGGGUUGGGUACAGCUACUCACCUCAGCCCAGUCGGCCCGGCAGCCUCGGAACCUCUCCCACCAAGCACACGGGGUCCUCUCCUCGCAGUUCGGACUGGUUCUUUAAAACUCCUUUACCAACCAUCAUUGGCUCUCCUACUAAGACCACGGCUCCUUUCAAAAUACCUAAAACGCAAGCGUCUUCCAACCUGCUAGCCUUGGUGACUCGCCACGGGCCCUCUGAAGGGCAGACUAAAGACGGGAGUGACCCACGGGAGUGCCCUCAUUGUCUCCUGGCUCAAGGCGGCGAGAGGCAGAAGCCUGAGCAGCAGAACAAAACGGUGUUUGGCAGAUCUGUCAGUGCUGGGAAAUUAUCAGACCAACAAGCGAAGAUACCUUUAGGUGGACAUCAGGGCAGCACGGACAGUUUAAAUACAGAACGACCAAUGGAUAUAGCCCCUGCAGGAGCUUGUGGUGGUGGACUGGCACCUCCUAUAGGAACAGCAGCAAGUUCCAGAGCUGUCCUGUUCACUGUAGGAUCUCCUCCACACAGUGCCACGGCCCCCACUUGUACCCAUAUGGUCCUUCGAACAAGAACAACCUCAGCCGGCUCCAGCAGCCCCGGGGGCUCCCUGUGCUCUGCCAACGCCGUGUGUGUGGGCUCCCCGCCGGGGCCCGGUUGGGGAGCUUCCCCUCCAGGAGCCGAGGCUGCUCCCAGCCUGAGAUACAUGCCCUAUGGUGCUUCACCCCCAAGCCUGGAGGGGCUCGUCACCUUUGAAGCCCCGGAGCUGCCGGAGGAGACACUGAUGGAGAGAGAACACACAGACACCUUACGCCACCUCAACGUGAUGCUGAUGUUCACGGAGUGCGUGCUGGACCUGACGGCCGUGCGGGGCGGCCACCCGGAGCUGUGCACAUCCGCUGUCUCCUUGUACCAGAUCCAGGAGAGUGUGGUCGUGGACCAGAUCAGCCAGCUGAGCAAAGACUGGGGGCGCGUGGAGCAGCUGGUGUUAUACAUGAAAGCCGCACAGCUCUUAGCAGCCUCUCUGCAUCUCGCCAAAGCCCAGAUCAAGUCCGGGAAGCUGAGCCCGUCCACAGCUGUGAAACAAGUUGUUAAAAAUCUGAAUGAACGAUACAAAUUCUGCAUCACCAUGUGCAAGAAACUUACAGAAAAGCUGAAUCGCUUCUUCUCUGACAAACAGAGAUUUAUUGAUGAAAUCAACAGCGUGACUGCAGAGAAACUCAUCUAUACUUGUGCUGUAGAAAUGGUUCAGUCUGCCGCCCUGGAUGAGAUGUUUCAGCAGACCGAAGACAUCGUUUAUCGCUACCAUAAGGCAGCCCUUCUUCCGGAAGGCCUCACUAAGAUUCUCCAGGACCCUGCCGACAUCGAAAAUGUACAUAAAUAUAAAACUAGUAUUGAAAGAAGAUUGUCAGCACUCUGUUGUAGCUCCGCGACCCUGUGAGCAGCUGCAGGCUCAUCCCUGGACCAGCAGUGGGACUGAGAAGAGAGGUUUGGGAUGACAGCUUGGGUUCUGGGUUUCCCCAGCCCCAGGAAACCCUAGUCUCCCACCUGGUGACUACCAAAGAACAAGCAUGACUUCAAAAAGGAAAACCACCCAAAAAAACUACAGACUUGUAGGAAAUCUGCCUUAUUGGAGGCGUCAGCCCUUCCCUUUUCUCUGUAGAAGCAGAAGCACAAGUAUUCCACUUGGCUCUCAGUUUUGACGGGGUCAAUAAAUGGACCUUAGAAAUAGAAUGAUCAGUGCAGUUAUUCCUAAGGAUAAUUAAGAAGGGAACAAAGUAGGUGGCUCUAUACUCAGUUCACCAGGGCAGUGUGUGAAAUUCCACGUGUUUACUGAGGUAUAAAGUAAAUAAAAUAAAAUAAAAUAAAAAUCGACAUCUCAUCCAGGCAGUGUGAUAACUGGGGUCGGUUUGUCUGAACCUGAGCACGCAUCCGUCGACAGCCCAGGAAGAGCGAGCUCGAGAACGAGCUGAGAGAAGGCUCUUGGCAGAAGUGGUGAACUCUUCCAUUUGAUCGAAUAUGGACACAUGUUCAUCUUCCAAACUCUUUCAUAUUGCACUAAUUUAUUAAAACACCUGUGUAUUGGAUUUUGCAAUUUAAAACUAACUGAGGCACAAUGGACUUGUUUAAAAUAUUUUACUUGAUUAUGUUAUAUACACACACCCUUUCCAGAAUUCACAUGUAACCUCUAGUGGACUUUUAAAUGGUAAAAACUUGUGUUCAUGUGAACCUUUGCAUUUUUUUAACCUAUCCAUCUACACAUACAGAUUUUCUCAGUGGUGUCUUUGAGUUGCUGGCCGUUUGCUUUCGGUUGUAUUUUUUAUUGUGCAUGCAGAGUGUGCAUCGAUGCCUGUGAUCUCUAGGUUUACUAAAGGCUAGGUUUAUUUGGGCAGUAUUAGAGAAAAAUACCAACUCGGGAUCCUCUCAAGAGUUUUAAUAGGGCCAAAACAAGGUUGGUGAUCUAAAGGCUUGUUGGUGAUGUGGAGUUUCUCCAUGAAGUUAGUGACAAAUGAGAUUUGUCUUCUCUUAGGAAGACGGGCGGCUCUUUGCAGCCUAAUGUGCAUGGUUCGUGUCCAUCCUGACGGUCCACCAACGGCUGGUCACGGAGAACGCGGGCAGGUCACGUCCCUCCAGAAAUGGUUCCUGCAUCGUGUAUGGUUUCGUUUCUAUUCCGCACCUGCUUGAAUACUUGAAUAAACCAUUCUCCAGUUUUAAUCCUUUUAUUUUUACCCUUUUAGGUAACAUAAUCCAGACUCUGACAAAUUGCACAGAAGCUCUUUGGCAUUAAUCUAAUUUUAAGAUACUGAUGCAGACAGACAAAAACAUGGUUUUUCCUUUACUUUGACGAAGUAAUGUAAUUUUUACCUUAUUUAUCUGUAUGAAAUUCCAGCAGUUAAUUUGAACAUUUAUUUAUACAAUGUUUGUAUUUUUAGGUCUUUAAUACAGUGUUUCUACCUCUCAUUUGUAACUGCAUGCAUUAUUCUUGAAACUAGGUAAAACUCACGGAAUCGUUGUGUAAUAGCCUUUUUAUUCUUGUGUGUACAGAUGUAUAUUAAGGUAAAAUAAAACUGACAAAGUGUUUCUAGGGUAAAGCUGGGUCCAUAUUACAUGGCUUGUCAAGCCAGCUCCUUCCUCUGUGAGUCUGGAGGCUUGGGCAUUAAUGUCCUUUGUCCUGCCCAAGAUUUUGGAUGCUCAGUGACUGUCCCGCCCGCUGCCACGUUUGGAGGGUACGCGAUGGGGUUCCCGCCCUUCCCUGCAGGGCUUCCAAACACUGUUACUAGGAAUACUCUGUUUUGUAUCAUUUUUUUCAAGCCUCCUGGGCAAUUUCAUUUAUGUCCUCCUGGUUCUCACUCACAUUAUCUCAAGAGGCCCUCCAAGCAGCUGGGUUCGCUCAGGCCCCUCCGCCCCAUCCCAUCUUUUUUUUUUUUGAAUCAGCACAGGAUGAAACAGGUUCACUGCAAGUGAUUGGUUUGAAGUCAGGUAACUAAGGGAGGUAGGUAAGCCAUGCUUUGUGACUCCCAAGUUCGUUCUUCUCCCUCUUGUGUAACAAAGGUCCGUCCCGUGGUAGAUGCCGUGUGUGAAACUGUGACGUGUGGACGGCGGAGAACAGACUGUAAACUCAUGAAUAAUGGUUCUGAUUCUACCCCCAUUAUCAAGGCCAAUUGUUUCCAGAGAUUUUGCCUUGACUAUAGCAAUAAUAAAUGCUUUAUGUUUCCAUGA